CACGGACCACCACAAGCCAAACGUUGACUUAUCAUCGCCUACUGGGUAAUCCUUGCGACUUCUUGAUGAUUCAACUACAGAACUGCCAACGAUAAGAUCCUUUCUCCAUACACCUGGAGCGAAAUGUUCUCAACUCGGACGAACGAUUGCCCCGGGGAAACUCUAUCACGUCCACAGCAGCAAACAUGAGGCCGACUAUGCUAUCUUGCACCAUUAUACCCCUUGGAUCCAACAUCCAUCGGAUGAAUCAAACACUGUGAUUAUCAAUCCUCUAUUGCUGGUGACCAGGAGGGAACUGGUACAUAAGUUAUGAUGAUUCUUGACACCUAGAAAAUACAAACCAAUUCAGCGCAGUUCGAUAGUACAACUUGUUAUCAACCAUCCAAGAUGUCUCUGAUAUCCGACAGCAAACCCGAGUCUUACGACAAUGAUCUCGAGGAUCAACGUGCCAGCACUCCAGAUCAGGAGGAAGCUGGCUUUGACAGGGGAAUGCCAAACUGGAAGUGGUAUCUAGUCUGUGUUGGCAUUUACACAGCUGCUCUUCUCUAUGGCCUUGAUACCACCAUCGCAGCAGACGUCCAAGGCCCUAUCCUUGAAGCAUUUGGCGACAUUGAAAAGCUCUCAUGGGUGGGCAUCGGCUUCCCCAUGGGCUCGGUGUCGAUCGUUCUUCUUGUUGGAGCUUUGUAUGCUCUUUUUGACGUCAAAUGGAUGUUCAUCGGUAGUCUCGUGUUGUUCGAAGCCGGAAGUGCACUCUGCGGCGCUGCCCCUGACAUGAAUGCUUUGAUCGUUGGACGUGUCAUUGCUGGCAUGGGUGGAGCUGGAAUGUACCUGGGUGCUUUGACCUACAUCACGACCUUCACCAGCAAGAAAGAACAACCCAUCUACAACGCCUUGAUUGGCCUGUGUUGGGGCGCAGGCAGUAUCCUUGGCCCUGUCGUCGGUGGAGGCUUUGCAGUAAGCUCUGCGACCUGGAGAUGGGCUUUCUACAUCAAUCUGCCUCUGGCCGCAGUCAGUUCGCCGGUCUACCUCUUUCUCUUCCCCUCUCACAACCCGAAGCCCAAGAUGAGUGCUAUGGAGAAGCUUGCUACGAUCGACUGGCUGGGUGCCUUCCUCUUCGCUGGCAUAUUUGCCAUUCUGCAAGUUGCUCUGACAUUUAGCGGCUCUCUGUGGAAGUGGAGUGAGGCCGGUCCAAUCGCACUUUGGGUUGUCUUCGCCGUCUUUCUGCUCGCCUUCGUCGUCCAACAGGGCUUGAGCAUCGCUACUACGCCAUCGCGUCGCCUGUUCCCUGUCCACUUCCUCAAAAGCCGAACACUGAUUCUGCUCUAUACCGGAACUGCAGCAUCGUCGACUGGACUCGCUCUUGGUGUCUACUACAUCCCCAUCUUCUUCCAGUUCACCAAGGGCGAUUCACCCAUCAAGGCUGCCGUCAGACUACUUCCCUACAUCUGCGUCUUUGUCGCCUCGGUCAUGUUGAGCGGUGGCUUACUCCCCGCCUUUGGUCGCUACCAACCCUUCUACAUCGUGACCGGCGUUUUGCUAGUAGCUGGUGGUGCUUUGAUGCACACCGUCCACGUGGAUACAUCUACGACCAAGAUAUACGGCUACGAAGUCUUGAUGGCCUUUGGAGCAGGCAUGAGUAUGCAAGUAGCAUAUUCUGUUGCCGUCGCUGUGGUCGACCAGAUUGACACACUCAAUGCUGUUGGAUUCAUCAACGUGGCUCAGAUUGGAUCUCUCUCUAUCGGUCUGUCCAUCGCAGGGUGCUUGUACCAGAAUAUUGGUUUCGACAACAUCAAGAAUGCCGUAUCGGCAUACAACUUCUCCGACACCGAGAUCAGAGCUGCUCUGGGUGGUGCUCACUCUGCCAUCCUGGCAAGUGGUGACAGAGCCCUCCAAGGCUUGGUGUUGGAAGCCAUCGCUGCUACUCUCAGAGACAUCUGGGUCCUCACUAUUGCCGCCGGUGCAGUUGCUCUGGUGAGUGGUGUGCUCAUGAAGAGGGAGAAGCUCAACUUGGAAAUGACUGCUGGUGGAUGAGGAGAAUAUGAAGGACGGAGAUGAUUGCUCGAAGAUACUCAAUGAUGUUACGAGAUUGAUAUAGAAGGGAGU